AUGAGUUCAACAGGAAGGAUUAAAUCAAUUUGCAUUCAUGAUCUCAUGCGAGAUUUGUGUGUGUCUAAAGCUCAAGAAGAAAACUUUCUACAUUUUAUUGAUUGGAGAACGAAUAGAGAGGAAGAACCAAUAGAAACAAAUAUUAGAAGAAUUGCCAUAUGUGUUCAUGAAAGUUCUAAUUAUGAUUUCAUUCAUGAAGCUCGAAAUAUAGAUGGCUCUCUUAGGUCCCUUUCUGUACAUGGUAAGGGGAGAGUCAUAGAUGUUAUGUACAGAAAAAGAGUAUUGAGUCAUGUAUGCAAUCGCUUUUUGAUGCUUAGAGUUUUGAUCAUGGAUGAGAAUGAUGCUAGGUAUGAAACUAAACUGCCUACAGAAAUUGGGAAUUUGAUCCAUCUAAGGUUAUUAAGUAUUCCUAAUUGGCGAAUUGAAAAGAUUCCAUCUUCUUUUGGGAAUUUAAGAUGCCUACAGACUUUGAGAGUAUCGCCUCAGAUUGAUAUAAUAAUACCAAAUUCAUUGUGGAAGUUGGAAAAGUUGAGGCAUCUAUAUUUCUCAAAUCUAGUUGGUGGCAUAGAAUUUGGUAAAUUCUUGAGAUCAAUUAAGUCUAGAAAUUUUCAGACAUUGGUAGGUGUUCGUACCAAGGAUCUUUUUUUGAGUGAUAUUCUACAACAGGAGAGUCUCAAAAAAUUACGAAUUUGUGUGGAUAGAAAUUUUGAGACAUUCUUACACAAUCCCCAAACUCUCACAUUCACUCGUCUUUUCUCUUUACAAGUAUAUAAUCCAUCUUACAUCAACAUAAUAGAUAUUGUUCCUUUCUUACUAAGCUGUCCUUGUAUUUAUAAGCUUAGAGUGCGGUCACCUAUAGUAAGAUUACCACAAGACAACCAAUUCUCCCCAAAUCUCAUCAAGUUACAGUUGAGUAAUCUCCAACUUAAGGAUGAUCCAAUGCCAACAUUAGAAAAGCUACCAAAAUUAAGAGUCCUUAGAAUUGACUAUGAUAGCUUUAUGGGAGAAGAGAUAGUGUGCUCAAGAGGAGGUUUCCCUCGACUUGAAUCUCUUCAGCUUACUAUUUUGAAAAACUUAAAAGAGUGGAAAGUGGAAGAGAAUGCAUUGUGUAGACUUGGCUAUUUGCGAAUUGGUUGUUGUUGUAGAUUGACAAGUAUUCCAAAUGGACUAAGAAACAUUAGUACACUCAAUGAGAUGGUCAUAGAGAAUAUGCCUAAGAAAUUCAAAGAAAGGAUGGAGCAAGGAGGAGACGAUUUCUACAAAAUCAACCACGUGCCAUCACGUGUUUUUACCAACUGUGAUGAAGAUUUUGAGGUUGGCUAUAUAUGA